GAAGCGCUGCCCAGUCGGGACCCGUAGGGAGAGGCGGGCAGCGGGUAGCCGUGGCGGCGGCUGGGGCGAAGCUGCGCGGCCGCAGCGGACGCGAGUGGCCCUGCAGCGGCUCUCUCAGGCCGUGGGUCGUCGCUGCAGCCGUGGAGAAAGGAGGAAGCGACGACGCAGCGGGCGAAUUUGACAGAGCUGGGAGGAGAUGCAUGGUCAUGGAGGCUAUGACUCUGAUUUUAGUGAUGAUGAACACUGCGGAGAAUCUAGCAAAAGGAAGAAAAGGACAGUUGAAGAUGAUUUACUGCUCAAAAAGCCAUUUCAGAAAGAAAACCAUGGAAAGGUGGCUCAUAAACAAGUUGCAGCAGAAUUGCUGGAUAGGGAAGAAGCAAGAAAUAGAAGGUUUCAUCUCAUAGCUAUGGAUGCUUAUCAAAGGCACACAAAGUUUGUAAAUGACUAUAUUUUGUACUAUGGUGGCAAAAAAGAAGAUUUCAGGCGAUUGGGGGAAAAUGACAAGACAGACAUGGAUGUUAUACGAGAAAAUCAUAGAUUCCUAUGGAAUGAGGAGGAUGAAAUGGACAUGAAUUGGGAGAAGAGACUUGCAAAGAAAUACUAUGAUAAAUUAUUCAAGGAAUACUGCAUAGCAGAUCUCAGUAGAUACAAAGAAAAUAAGUUUGGAUUUAGGUGGCGAGUAGAAAAAGAAGUAAUUUCAGGCAAAGGUCAGUUUUCCUGUGGAAAUAAAUAUUGUGAUAAAAAAGAAGGUUUAAAGAGUUGGGAAGUUAAUUUUGGCUAUAUUGAGCAUGGUGAAAAGAGAAAUGCACUUGUUAAAUUAAGAUUAUGCCAAGAAUGUUCCUUUAAAUUAAAUUUCCAUCACAGGAGAAAAGAAGUCAAGUCAAAAAAAACAAAGGAUAAAAUCAAAAAAGACUGUGAAGAGUCAUCCCACAAAAAAUCCAGAUUAUCUUCUGCAGAAGAGACCUCUAAGAAAAAGGAUAAAGGACAUUCAUCCUCAAAGAAAUCAGAAAACUCUGUAAACAGAAACUCUGAUGAGGAAGAAAGUACUUCAGAAUCUGAACUUUGGAAAGGCCCAGUACCAGAGACCGAUGAAAAGUCACAGGAAGAAGAAUUUGAUGAGUAUUUUCAAGAUUUAUUUUUGUGACAUCGAAGAAAGGAGUCUAUAUUCCUUAAUGUGCAAGUACACUUUGAAACUUCAAAAAGUUUUAUCUACAAGUUGCAGCUUGAGUGGUUUGUCUUUGGAAAUAAAAAUUCAGCUACUCUCAA